CUCGUGGUAACUGCUCACAUAAGUUCCGAUUCAAGAGCGAGUAGGCAAUCACCACCAUCAGAUAUAAAAAUCAUUCAGGACCCUUUCCGAACCUACUUUUCAUCGAGCGCUUCUCAUCCAACAUUCUCGACCACUUGAAAUAUGCGAAUCAUCGCGACUGACGAUGAUUUUCGGCGUGCGGCCGAGAAGGUCCUUCUGCGGGCUGAAGACAUGGUUCAGGAAAUCAAUACGGAAGGGCGGUUACUCCACCAAUGGAGUUUACCGACUUCGCCGGGGUUGAACAACGUCGGGCCCGAGUCUAUGGAAGUGCUGCGGCAGCUCAAUCAAAAAUUUCUCCCUGGAAUUGUAGACGAUUACAGCCGCGAAGGGCAACGCUUCACUAUGAAAAACAAUCCCAAAAGGGCAUGGUUUUCGAAGGGUUUUGUUGCUCGAAAAAAUCAAGUGAUUGUAAUGGUAAAAACACGAAACCCCAAAUAUUCUGAGCAUUUCACGAAAGAGCCCACCCCACUCCUACCAGACCAUGCGACUGCCAACCACACCGAAAUUGAAGAACCUCUCUCCGAAAAUCAUGAGCAGAAUGCUUCAAUUGAAGAACCUCUCUCCGAAAAUCAUGAGCAGAAUGCUUCAAUUGAAGAACCUCUUUCCGAAAAUCAUGAGCAGAAUGCUUCGAAACAAACCGCCAAAUCAACACCGAUAAAACAGAAACCACUGACCACAAUUCCCCUCCAAAAGCUAGAGGAGCAGUGCUAUGGUGUCAUCAUGGAUUCGACUCACAAGCACCACCCCCUUGAGAUACGGGUUGGUGACAUUCUCGUUGUUCACGAACACGAGGGUAUUGUCCUGAAGUCUGGGGGUGUUGGUGGAAUCGUCGCGGAAUUGACAGACGUGUGAAUGGGGAUGCCACUUUGUCCAACUAAGCCUAUCCAGAGAUAUGUUCAAUGCAAUCCUCCCCGAAGUUCACCUGUUCUGCCUGUUCAAACAUACGAACCCAAUCAGGCGUCUGAAGAUUCCAAGACCCCCCUUCAAAACAUAACGAUUCUGCAC